ACUUCCUCCUUCUGUGCUUGUAGGGCUGGGCUGCCAAAGAGACUGCAGUGUCCUCCCUGGCACCCACAGGCAAAAUGGACCAGGAAACCCUGGGAAGCGUUGUCCUCCUCGCCAUUGUCACCUUGAUAAGUGUUGUCCAGAAUGCUUUUUUUGCGAGCAAAGUGGAGCAUGAAAGCAAAUACUGCAAUAGCAAGGCGUUCCAGCGAUCAGGAUCCUCUGCCUUUGAUCGCGUCUACACUGCCAACCAGAACUGCGGACACGCCUACCCCACGUUCCUCGCUGUGCUCUGGUGUGCUGGACUUCUCUGCAGCCCAGCUCCUGCCGCCUUUGCCGGCCUGAUGUACCUGUUUGUGAGGCAGAAGUACUUUGUGGGCUACCUGGGGGAGAGGACUCAGAGCACUCCCGGUCACCUGUUUGGAAAGCGCAUCAUUUUGUUCCUGUUCCUCAUGUCCGUGGCUGGAAUACUCAACUACUAUCUCAUCUUCUUUUUCGGAAGUGACUUUGAAGUGCACAUAAAAACCAUAACCAGCGCGAUCUCUCCAUUGUUGCUCAUACCCUAGCUCCCCAUAGCACUGAGGGGGUCAGCAUGCUUAAUGUAUUGAUACCCAGAAGCAGCCAUAAUUCAACUGUUUAAGAAAUGAACCCAUAACCCUUUUAGAUUGCUGUAAAUCUCAUGCUUGAUGGGCUUUGUAGCUUGAUUUAACCUUGCUUUUUCCUUCAGGAAAAGAUUUAUCGUGAGCACUCAGCAUGCCCACAGAAUGGUAACAUCUUCCAGUUAAUUCUUUGGAUUUUUUUUCUCUAAACUGCAGUUUUUGAGCUGAUUGCAUGACUGGAAGGGACAUUGUAUGCUUGCUUUGUAAUUGUGUUGUACUUAGCUUUUGCUUCAAGACCCAGGAGCCCCUCAGUGUUGUUCCUGACCAAUGGCUUCUGCAGUUAUCCUCAUGCACAAUCAGAGCCUUCUGCCAGCAUCCCCCACACCUUGGCCCAGUAAAGGCAUGGACCAGCCUCUUCACCUACCCUUCACCUCCCACUUGGUGACCAAGAUUCUGCUGCUGCAGGGCAGCAAAUUGGCCUCUGUCUGGUCUUCCUUGAUAAAUAUUCAUGUGUGUAAUGCUCUUGACACUGAUCCCAUCUACUCUUCAGCCUUUUUGUUCUUCCAGAGAUGUGGAAAGGGGUCUUGAGUAAAUGAGAAGCUGGUGUAUCAACAGAGGGGUUGGAUUCGAUUUGCUUGGCUUUGUUUAAUAAAACAGUAUAAAAGGAAGAAA